GGCCGUGCAGGCCGUGGCCUUCAUAUUCAACGUGUUGGGCGUGCGUUCGGUGCCAUACAUUCAACACGUUUUGCCCCCAUUUAUGAAUGUCAUCCGAACGGGUGAACCGCAUAUCAGAGAAUUUUUGUUGCAACAAUUGGGACAAAUGAUAGCCAUCGUUAAGAUACACAUCAGGAGCUAUUUGGAUGAGAUAUUCCGUGUGGUGCGCGAGUUCUGGACAACCAAUUCGCCGAUGCAAACAACGCUCAUCAAUGUGGUCGAGCAGAUCGUCAUCGCAUUGGGCGGCGAGUUUAAGAUAUACGUGCCGUAUCUCAUACCACAUAUACUCCGCGUGUUUGCCAACGAUAAGAGUGUCCGCCGCAGCGUAACCGUCAAACUGCUCAACGCUUUGCAAAGUUUUGGCACAAAUCUCGACGAUUACAUGCAUUUGUUGAUCCCUCCUAUUGUCAGACUCUUCGAGUCGAGUGAUAUAAAAGACAGUGACGUGAAGAUAGCGGCCCUUAAG